ACGCUGAAUUUGGACUAAUGGAAAAGCCUAUGAUAAGGCAAAAAAUAAAUAUGGCGUAUAUAAAACUCUCAGUCAAAAACUUUAUUCAGAAUAAUCAAAUUGUAUUUUGUCAAACAGCCGGAAAAUCUUUUCUUGCCAAAAAUAAACACAAUGAGCUAACGUGAAUAUUACUAAUGGAUACUUAUUUCUUACAAAUUUUAAAGGUGUACAAGGUGCAGUAACAAAAAUGUAUUGACCAACUAUCUAAAUGCAUGUAAUAACUAGCUACUAUUCACUAUACAGAGUUGUGCAUUUAUUCUGUUUUAUACACUCUAUUGUAUCAAUACAUUUGAAUACACUCCCCUCAAGAGUAGAUCUCAUUGAAACUGUGAAGCAAAAGAUCACAGUAAAUCAGAGAACUCAUCCUACAGUGAAUAAUGAUGCACUUUGUUCAAUAAGAAGUGAUUUAUGUUUUUGUAAAAUGUACAGCAAUGCUCAAACAAAUGCUCAACACUAUGCCCAUCCUUAUUAUUAUCAUGAACAAAACAGGACAGAUAGUGUUGACAAGCAUUCCAAUUAUUUUUCAAAUUUCUUAUCUGUAUGCUGUCAACCAAAAGUGACUAGAUUACAUUUUUAUGGGUCAGGUAUCAGGUAUAUGAAACCAGAAGUAUUCACCCAAUUUCCUUGUCAUGAAGUUAUUGAAUUCACCCUGGAAUCUACAAUGAUCAGUAUCUCAUCAUCGUCGUCAGCACUAACACUGUCUAAACAGCACUUAUCGAAAACACCUACUGAUUUCAAUUAUUUCAUCGGUUUGCCAAAUCUCAUUCGAUUACGUCUGGUGAACAAUCCACGCAUAACUUGUUACACAUCGGAUAUUUUUACUGGUGUAAAUAAUAACUUGGAAGAAUUAUAUUUAACAGGUAAUCCAGUGAAACAAAUCAGUGUUAUGGAUUUUGAUAAAUUCACAACUCACGAUAAUCGUCUUGUCAGUUUAGAUUUAAGUUAUAAUCAACUUAUAACCGUAGAAGCGAACUGUUUCGUUCGGAAAUCAAAAGAAGGAGGGAUGUAUCAUUUAAGAAAGUUGAAUUUAGCUUAUAAUCAAAUUUCAGUGAUACACACCGAUAUGUUCUCUGGUCUUCCAUACUUAGAGGAAUUAAAUCUAGCUGGUAAUCCAAUCAGAUAUAUUGAAGAAGGUAGUUUCCGAAAUUUAAUGAGUCUUCGUAAACUUAUCAUUGAAGGUACUGUGAAACUGACUAAAAAUAUAAACAAUGACACAUUUACACGCAAUGUGUUCAAAGACUUGAAGGACUUACAAGAUUUAACAUUAGUCGGGUUACAAAUGCAUAUGUUAAGCACAAAUGUAUUCAGUGAUUUAUAUCAACUGAGAAGAUUAAAUUUAGCACAAAAUCUAUUUAACAAAGUUCCAGUUAUCUUUAAACACAAUUCUGUUGACGAAACAAAUUCAUCUCUUGAUAUACUGCCUACUGAAUCAACAUUAAUGUUUCCUGUCGUAGUUAAAACUAAACUCACACAUCUUAACUUGUCCCAUAAUCAGAUAACUUGUUUAGAAUCGAAUGCCUUUCAGUACAUAUACAAGCUUAAACAUUUAGUAUUGAAUUUUAACCGGAUAACUAUUAUAAGAAGAUAUGCAUUCAAAGGUUUAAAUUCAUUACAAAUAUUAGAACUUCAAGGGAAUCCGUUAGCUCUAAUACAACCCUAUGCAUUCAUACCUCUUAGACUGAGUCUCGAAAUAUUGUUUCUCGAUGACACAGUGAAUGAAGCAGACAUAAGUACUGUAAUAUAUUUUAAUCGAACAUCUCUAGCACUUCUCCCAUCAACAACACAAAUAUAUGGCCUGAAAAAAUGGAGUAUUUUUAGAGGAGGUAAUCGAACUAUUGACAGUGUGAUGAAUAGUAACCAACAGUACACAAAAUAUAUGGAUCAGGACGUUGAAUGUGAAGUAAGUGGCAAAUUAAUGCAUGAAAUACAUCACAAGAUUAUCCAGCUGGAAACAGUGCCUGUAACAAGUGAAAAUAAAGGCAUACAGGGUAAAAUGAAGAAAUUAUCGUAUACCAUGUAUGGUGACUUUAAUAAUGAUAAGAUUCAAGCACAUCAAAAUACUGUUAUCAUACUAUUCGGUUCUGGUAUGAGCUUCGUAAUCAUUCUACUGAUAUUUAUGAUGCUUUACCGACUGUGCACAUAUCAUUCAAAGCUAAAAGGCCAGAAGUAUACCACAAAGCAUCUAACCCUAGUUGCGAAUUCUUUUCGUUGUCAGGAUGGUGACAGUUCAGAUACAACGGCAUCUGUAAACUUAGCAAAUCUACAGAAUAACGAGAGUAUAAUUUAUAAUGAACCUAAAAAUACCAGUAUUACCAAAGGUGAUAGUAAAGUUUAUUACAACAAAGUGUCAGCACAUCACCACAGACAGAGUCAGUUGUUUGAGCCAACAAAUCAUUCGUCAACGUCAGAUCUGUUUACAACGGACUCAAACCAAAAGAUAAUUUAUAAUAAUUAUCAAUUAAAUUAUGACAAAUGUAUAACGAGUUCAUUUCGGAUUGUUAAUACUACGAUGAGUGCAAUGAAUCAACAUGAAAUUCAAAUCGGUUAUCCCUUCCGAUUGGAACAAUACGAUGGUAUUAUUAUAAAUUCAAAUGCAUCACCGCAAAGGACACUGAUAAAAGAUGACUCCUACAAUUUGAACAGUAUGCAGAAUGGUUUAAAGGAAAAUAAAAUACUGGGCAAUUCAUAUCGAUUAGGGAGUAUAUGUUCUGUCAAGAUUAACAGUCAGAAGACAGAAACCACCUAUCCUCAAACUGCAUACAAUAACUCAGUGUUACACAGACUAAAUCAAUCGAAGAGUGAAAAUCUUUAUGGGAAUUCUGAGGACGAUGAAGGUGUCAAAUCAAUCAUUAAAGAACUAGGAAUCAUAUGACAAAAAAAUCAUUUAAUAUAUGAGGUAGUCAAAAAUAAAACUUUAGCUAAAUAUUUCUUAAGGUUAGUUUCUUCUCCCUAUUUUUCCUUUCGAUGAUAAACAAAAUAUUAGACAAGCUGAGAAAGAUGAACAGGUGCCUAGAAGGAGUGUUAUCCUAUAUAAACUGCUAUCCUCAGUCUUUCAGAACUAUUAGAAUAUCAGUGGUGACUUCAUAUGAAGGCUAAGUAAAAUUGUUCUGCAGUUUUGCCAUGUUUGGCUGGACAAUGCUUAGUACUUCGGGAUUUUACCAUGUUUAAUUCAGUUAUUUAUUGUUAGUUUUCAAAUAGAAUUUUCAUUUGAAGAGAAAAAGAUUUAAGUAAAAAAAAAUCCUUUAUUACGACUUGAUGUGUACAUCUGUACAAUUAUUAUUCUCAUAUAAGCUAGGACGGGUCAUUUACACACUGUAUGAUACUCGAAUAUUGGCAACAGAAGAAAUUAUAUAGCUAUAUGGACUGAAUACAUCAUGAAUAUAGUUAAUGCAUAGUUCACAAAACUUUUCUUUUUCUCUAAUUCAGUUUCUUCCAUUUCUGUUUAAGUUGUUGUGUUACAACAUUUCUAUCUUAAAAGAUUAUGAAUUGUUCAUUCCUCUUGCAUUUGACUCACAUUUAUACAUUCAAACUUCUUAUUUCUAAAUGUUCUCAAACUAUCUAUCAAACAAAAUCAUACCCACUCAUUUGUCUAGUGUAAUAUGCCUGACACUCAGUAGGUUUAUUGAUAUAUCUCGUUUUAACUGAUAUUAUUUCACUUUAACAUUUUCAUUCAGUGUUACAACUACAAGUAAACAGUUUUGCUAAUAUCUAGCCUAGUCUGUGUCUAUGACAACGACUGUGGAAUUAUGAAAAUGAAAUUGUAACAAAAAGAAUUAUCUUUGUUUCUAUGUUUUGUAUGUUGACUAUUAAUUUGAUAUUUUAAAAAAUAAAGUAAAAUAAAAGAUGCAUCAUCU